CGUCAAUAUAAUAAAUUCUUAAGUGAUACUUUUCAACAUCGAUUUCGAUAUCCAUACUUAAUAUUGUUGUUCGACGCGACUCAACAACGUUCUUGCCCGUCUGUCGCCCGCUAGAACUGGAUCUUGGCCGCUUAUACACCUGAUUAAUAGGCACCAGUAUCCCUAUUUAUUUGAUUGGUAUUUUCUUUUUACCUUUCUCUUUGAUCAUUUUCUCUCGUUCAAUCUUUUCCACACUUCGUCGACACUUUCUUAGGGCCUGCAUGGCUAGAUAUUAGACAUGGCACAACACGAUUACAAGAACGGAAAAAAAUCAUCAUGGACGAUUAAUACAUUCAAUAUUCUUGAACAAAACAAAGUGAGAGCAGUGAUUGCCCUCUUCAUUUUCACGCUAUUAUUUGUCGCAAGGUUGUUUUUGUCGGGAACAGCUCAAUUAUACACCCCAAACUUUAACGGAUACCCAACUGUACAAUACUUUGAUUUGGCCCAUUAUAAUGGGAGCCCCGAUGGAUGGCAACGUGACGAAAGAGUGUUGUUCUGCGUACCUUUAAGAGAUGCCGCAGCCCACUUACCAAUGUUUUUCAGCCACAUGAGAAACGUCACAUAUCCACAUAAUUUGAUUGAUUUAGCAUUUUUGGUUUCUGAUUCAUCUGAUGAUACUAUGGGUUCAUUAAAGAAACAUCUUAAUGACAUACAGAACGACCCCAAUGUAGCAAUGAGAUUUGGUGAGAUUGAAAUUUUUGAAAAGGAUUUUGGUCAAGUCAUCGGACAAGGUUUUUCUGAUAGACAUGGAUUUGCUGCGCAAGGACCACGUCGUAAAUUGAUGGCCAGAGCUAGAAAUUGGCUUUGGAGUGUAGCAAUCAAACCAUACCACUCCUUUGUAUACUGGAGAGAUGCCGAUGUGGAAACAGUACCGCCCACCAUCUUGGAAGAUUUGAUGCAUCAUGAUAAAGAUGUGAUUGUUCCUAAUGUUUGGAGACCAUUACCAGAUUGGUUAGGAAAUCAACAACCAUAUGAUUUGAACUCAUGGCAAGAAUCCGACGGUGGGUUACAAUUGGCUGAGACUUUGGAUGAAGAUGCAUGUAUUGUAGAAGGUUACGUUGAAUAUCAAACCUGGAGACCACAUUUGGCUUAUUUGAGAGAUCCUUAUGGAGAUCCUGAAGUUGAAAUGGAUUUGGAUGGGAUUGGAGGUGUUUCCAUUUUAACCAAGGCUAAAGUUUUCAGAACUGGAUCUCAUUUCCCAGCAUUUUCAUUUGAAAAGCAUGCUGAAACUGAAGCAUUUGGGAAAUUAUCUAAAAGAAUGGGGUAUUCCGUCAUUGGAUUGCCUCAUUAUGUCAUUUGGCACAUAUACGAGCCAUCAUCAGAUGAUUUGAAGCAUAUGGAAUGGAUGGCCUUGGAAGAAGUAAGACAAAAGGAAGAGGCAAAAAUUAGAAAGGUUUAUGACAAGGUUUGGGGAGAAGCCUUUGACGAUGUGCAAGCAGAAUGGAAUAGAGAAAGAGAAGAUUUCCUCAAGAAUACCGAUAUGACCCGGUUGAGAAAGAUUGAAGUGGAUUGGUCCGACGCGGAUAUGCACAACAUAGAAGCAACUAAAGAGGAAGUACACAAGGCUGACUUCAACCCAUAG